AUGGGAGUCGGUGCCAUCCUAGAACCACUAGUUGUCCUUGUCCUUCUGUUUGGAGGAACCUGGAUCAAUCGUGUGGUCAGCCCCUCUAACCCUCGACGGAAUUCAAAUCUUCCCCGGGCGGCUUCCUCCGACUCGUUGGAGUCCGGCUUUUCGACCUCGACCAAAGAUGGACUGCUGGGAUCGCGCUCCCCGUCGCCGUUGCCCGCUGAGAACUGGCACAAGCGGCAGGUCAGCCUCUUGGGCGUGAACUGGGAGGUCACAUCACCUAACACGGCCGUAUUCCAAGACCGAUUGCUGAGUCGUGUGCUGCGGAAGUUCCCGUUCCUGGUUGAAUGUUGGUAUUGGGCAUUGGUGUACUGGACAUACCAGCUGGGUCGUGCCUUCACCGCCGUAACUCUCAAAGAUGACACUGUCGACAUUGCGCGGAGACAUGCGUUGCAGCUGAUCAACGUCGAAAUCAAACUGGGCGUCUUCUGGGAGAUCUUGAUCCAAAAGAGCUUCCUUCGUCAUGCCACCCGAAUGGUCUGGAUCAACUGGAUCUAUUCAUUUAUCCACAUCCCCGGCACUAUCGCAUUUCUUGUCUGCCUGUAUUACUACACCACGGUGCGCAAUCGGGUCGAUGAGCCCCAAUUGGGAAAACCCAAGGGCGCGGUGAGCGGGUCGCCGGCCGGUCCCCAGCUAUACCAGGCCCGUCGGCGGACUUUGGCUGUAUGCAAUCUGCUUGCAUUCGUGGUUUUCACUCUAUGGCCCUGUAUGCCUCCUCGGUUGUUGAGUGACCCUGCCCCCGAAGGCCGUGAUGCCGAGCUGGGCCGGAGCUAUGGGUUCGUUGACACGGUGCAUGGCGCCAACGGAGCGGGAAGCGUCUGGACCCAGAACCGUUUCUGCAAUCAGUACGCGGCCAUGCCUUCGCUGCAUUUCGGCUACUCUCUCCUAAUUGGACUGACCAUCAUAACCAUCCCUCUCGCACCACAGCAAAGACGGAUGGUUCUGCGCUCUCGGCUGACUCGGUCCCUGCGGGUGACGCUUCCCUCCUGGCGCCGUCUCCUGUGCCUGGCGAUCGGUUUCCUCUACCCUUUCACCAUCCUCGUCGCCAUCCUUGCCACCGCCAAUCAUUUUAUCCUCGACGCAGUUGCCGGGUCUUUGGUCUGCGUACUGGGCUGGUACUUCAAUGGGAUUUUGCUCAAUCUCCUUCCCCUCGAGGAUUACUUCCUGUGCCUGGUGCGCAUUCACAAGCCCGAGCCCGCGCUCACGGACGAGGGUCGGACUCUCAAUGCAAAUGGCUUAGAGUAG